AUGAACUGUCCUCUUUGCGACUUUACAUUCCAAACAAAUUCUCAAUUUUUAAAGCAUAUAUUAGAAGCUCACGACAAAGACCAUUUCUAUUUUAACAAUUUAAUAGCCGGAUUCAAUACUUGCAAAGAAUGCGGCACAAAAUUGUCAACAAAACAAGAAACAAUAUCACAUAUUUCUACUUGCAAGACAGACAAAACGCUAUACUUCAUAUCAAAAAAGGCAAACAAGCGUGCAAAAAAGCAUGUUGAAUUACUUGGUCCGUUUUGCUUGAAGCUCAGUCAACAGAAUAAGCCACAAAAUCAGAAAAAGGGAUAUAAGAACGAUCAACGUCAAAAUCAGCAAGAAAAUAUUGAUGAUUUAGUUGAAGAUGAGGAGAAUGAAGAAUAUAUUAGGUUUAUUGGUGAUACAAUAGCAACAAACGGAUUGGAUGUUGGAAAAGCCGAUGUAGGUCCUAUAGCUCCAGUCACUGCUGAAACAAAAGAAACUCUUGAUCCAAAUUCUGUUGCUUUGGAUGAUGAAUUCUGGAAGCAACUUGAUAAAAUAGAUUCGGCAAUGAGAAUGCAGAACAAAAUCGAUAUUGAUGAAGAUGGAAACCCAACUUGCACACUUUGUAAACAAACUUUCCAUUCCUUGGCCCGACUUCUUCAGCAUUACUGGACUACACACAAGGGAAUGCUUUCUGAAUACAAAUAA